AUGGCUUCCCCUUCUUGUCCUUCUACCUCUCCAAUGAAAAAAAUAUAUGAUGUUUUCAUAAGUUUCAGAGGGGAGGAUACUCGCAAGAACUUCACUAGCCAUUUUUAUGCUGCUUUGUGCCGGAAAAAAGUCAAAACCUACAUAGAUGAUGAUCGGCUAGAGAAAGGAGAGGAAAUUUCAUCAGCACUUUUGAGAGCAAUAGAGGAGUCAAAGAUUUCUGUAGUCAUUUUCUCGGAGAAUUAUGCUUCUUCCUCGUGGUGCUUAACGGAACUCGCUCAUAUCGUCCGAUGCAAAGAGGUAAAGAAGCAGCUCGUUGUUCCAAUUUUUUACCAUGUAGAUCAAGCAGAUAUACACCAACAGCAAAACAGCUAUGCGGUUGCAUUUGCUAAACAUGAAAAACGCUUCAAGGAUGAAAAGGUGCAACAAUGGAGAAAUGCUUUAAAAGAAGCAGGCAAUAUGUGUGGCUGGAAUAUAUCUGUCACUAGCUAUACCGAGUCUGAAGUAGUUGAAGAAAUUGUCAAAGACAUUCUGAAAAGGUUGGAUGACAUGUCAUCUAAAGCCGAUUUCAAAGAUCUGGUUGGAAUUGAUAAACAAGUUCAAAACAUUGAACGAUUGCUACAUUUCAGCUUAUUAGAUGUUCGUAUUGUAGGCAUUUGGGGCAUGGGCGGUAUUGGAAAAACCACACUCGCUGAAGUCAUAUUCAGUCGCUUUGCUGAUCCUCAAUUUGAAAGUUGUUGCUUUCUUAGAAACAUUAAGGACACAAAGCGACAUAAACUUCACAAGUUACAAAAGAAACUUUUCUCUAAAUUAUUGAAGGAGAAAAUAGAAAAUGUCAAUCAAUUUGUAAUGAACAGGCUCCAGCGCACGAAGGUGCUUGUCGUUCUUGAUGAUGUAGACGAUUUCGAACAACUAGAAUAUUUGGUGAGAGAUCGUAGUUGUUAUGGUUGUGGGAGUAGAAUCAUCAUAACAUCUAGAGAUAAGCAAGUGCUGAAUAAUAUUCAAGCUGAUAGAAUAUAUGAGGUUGAUGAAUUAAAUUCUCAUGAUGCUCUUCAACUAUUUUAUACAUCAGCAUUCAAGGGAAACUCUCCCACACCAGUUUAUGUACAAAUGUCAAAAAAUGUGGUCGCCAAAUAUGCUAAAGGUGUUCCUUUAGCCCUUAAAGUUUUGGGUUGCCACCUUUAUUGCAAGAGCAUUGAAGAAUGGGAGAGUGAACUGAAAAGGUUGGAAAAUAUUCCCUAUGACAAAGUUCAGAAUGUCUUGAAAUUAAGUUAUGAUGGCCUAAGUUAUGAAGAGAAAAAUAUUUUUCUCGAUAUCGCAUUCUUCUUUGUUGGCACGGAACAGGAUGCUGCGAAAAGAAUACUCGAUAGUUAUUGCUUGGGUGUGGCUAUGGGAAUUAGAGUUCUCAUUGACAAGUGUCUAGUAACUGCUGACCAUUCCAACCGGCUAUCAAUGCAUGAUUUGGUACAAGAUAUGGGUAUAGAAAUUGUUCGACAGCAAUCUCCUGAUGAGCCUGGAAAGCGCAGUAGGUUAAGGUCCACUGAAGAUGUUUGUAAUGUCUUGAAAACUAAUGCAGGGACCCCAGGAAUUCAUGGAAUAUUCUUGGACUUGUCUAAAGCUAGUGAUGUCAUAUGCUUGAGAUCUGAAGUUUUCAAGACUAUGUAUAAUCUAAAACUUCUCAAGCUUCAAGAUCAUUGUGGCGAAAGCAAACUACACUUCCGAAAAGGCCUAAAAUAUCUUCCCGAUGAGCUGAGAUAUCUUCAUUGGGAAAAUUGUUCUCUAAAGACUCUGCCUCGAAAAUUUUGCCCUCAAAAUCUUGUUGAGUUGCACUUGAAUAACAAUAAGCUCAAUCAACUCUGGGAUGGCGUUCAGCAUAUUGAGAGCUUGAAACUUCUAAAUCUCAAAGAAUCUGAGAACCUUUCUGAAAUUCCAGACCUUUCUUGGGCCCUAAAUUUAGAAGAGAUAGAACUGAGCGGCUGUACACGUCUUAAGCAUCUUCCAAGCAGCACUGGCAAGUUGGAGUCAUUGCAGUUUCUUAAUUUAUUUGGUUGCUCAAACUUUGAUGAGUUUCCAGAACUUCCAGGGAAUAUAACAUAUCUGGGUAUGGCUGAGACAGCAAUAGAAAAUGUGCCCCCAUCAAUUGAGCACCUCUCUCAUCUCCGGGUAUUUAAUUUAGGAUACUGCAAAAGGCUUAAGAGUCUUCCAAGCAACUUCUUCAAGUUAAAAUCUCUCCGAGAGCUUUAUAUCAAGGGUUGCUUAGGAUUGAAGUAUUUGCCAGAAGUCUUAGAGCCCAUGGAAAGUCUAAUUGUGCUUCAAACCCAAGAAACAGGGAUUACACGGUUGCCCUCGUCAAUUGAGAAGCUAGUUAGGAUUAAAGAUUUAGAAAUGCAAUACACCGGUGUAUCUGAAAUUUCUGAUUGGCUCUUCUCUUUACCUGCAUUAGAAUCACUAAAUCUCUGUAAAACAAAAAUUAGUAGAAUACCUGAAGGCAUCAAACUUUCUAAGUUGCGAUGUUUAUACGUAAGAGAUUGCAAGUUGCUUCAAUCUCUACCGGAGCUUCCGUUAUCCAUGAGGAAAGUUGAUGCAGGGGGAUGCACAUCAUUGGAGACGAUAUCAAAUUCGUGGAGUCUACUCGCACAAGGGCCUAAAGGGGUUCCUUCCAUUUUGGAGCGGUUUUCAUUUGAAGGUUGCUUAAAGUUGGAUCACAAGAAGAUCCUAAUCGAAUUUCAAAUUAGAGCUUUGUACGUUGCAUCUGUAUUUUUCUAUUGA